CCCCUUUAAAUCCUGACACGUGUCACUGAGAUUGCAUUCAAAGUCUCAACUGCCGUCGCCGUUUUGGCUAAAUCUCUCUUUUAUUAUUUCCAAUUCCUACUACUAUAUUUUCGGAUUUUAUUUCCUUGAUUAAAGAAUAUGGAUUCGAUUGCGCAUUAAUUAGAUUUGACCGGCGUUGUUCGCAUGACUUCCUUUCUCCACCCAAAAAUCCAGAUUUGUUUAAUUUCUUUUCCUCUCAUUUAUUGCUCGAGUUUGAGUUUUGUGGAUCUCAAUGGACAUGGAAGUGAUUAAUGGCAAAGAAUAAUUACUUAAAUUUAUUGAGUGCGACACAUAGUUGGAGGAACUGCGGUAGGGAGAGGAGGCUGCUCGAUUGUGCUUUCUCUCUCUAGAAUGUGAGAUAUACCGGUUCUGAGAUUGAGAGGAAGAUGAUGUGUCCAUAUCUGACUUUUCUCUCUCUUAGUCUCAGUCUUCUUCUGUGAUUAUUAGUUUGUUUGUUUUUUUGGAAAAAAAGGGUGUUGAUUUAGAGAGAGAUGGGGGCAUGUGUGUCUCGGCCAGAAAAUUGCGUGGGAGGUAAAUUAGGAGGUUCAAGGAAGAAAAAGAGUAGAAAGAGAAGAAAAGCUUCGAAGAGAAGGCAGCCUUCUCAUCCUUCUAAUCGAUCAUCUUCACCUAUUGCCAUCAAUCCCACUUCUCAAGGAGGUGUGGAUGAAGCAUGGUAUGAUUCUGCUGCAGUGCUAGAAUCUGACUGUAGUGAUGAUGAUUAUCAAAGUCUUUCUGAUGAUGUGAGCUCCCUUAGUGGUUUUGAUGGUGCUUCUAGAACUGGCAUUGUUUCUCAGAGAGAUCAUGUCUCUUCCCUUGAAGAACCCCAAGAAUCAGGCGAUGGUGUGUGUCAUUUUUCCGGUGAAGCAGCUAGAAGCUCAGUUUCCACUAGUGCUUCUGAUAUCAGUGUGACGAUAAAUGAUACGAGUGAUGUGCAGCCUGUUUACCUUGAUGAGAUAUCGGGAGCCUCUAGGGAAAACGCUAAUAAGGAGGAUAAUUUAUUGGAUAACUGUGGAAUCCUUCCAAACAACUGCUUGCCGUGUCUGGCUUCGACUGUUUCUCCUGUUGAAAGGAGAAGAUCCCUUAGUUUUAGCCCUCCGAGUGCAAGGAAGAAGACGGCCUUGAAGCUCCCACUCAAAUGGAAGGAAGAGCAUACUGCGGCCUCUAAAUUUUCUUCAAAGGCGGUACUGCAACGACCUAUAGCUGGUUCACAGGUUCCCUUCUGCCCCCUUGGGAAGAAAAUACCAGAUAGUUGGUCAGAUAUUGGACCCGAGACAUUCAAGAUUAGGGGAGCGAAUUACCUGAGGGAUAAAAGAAAAGAGUUUGCUCGCAAUUGUGCUGCAUAUAAUCCUUUUGGUCUUGAUGUAUUUUUAUCUCAGAGGAAAAUCAAUCAUGUUGCUCGAUUUGUGGAGCUUCCUGCUAUUCAUUCUUCUGGAAAACUUCCACCUAUUCUAGUUGUAAAUGUCCAGAUACCAUUAUAUCCUGCAACAAUUUUUCAAGGUGAAACAGAUGGUGAAGGGAUAAGCUAUGUUUUGUAUUUCCAGCUUUCUGAAACCUUCGCCAAUGAAUAUUCAGCUCAUUUUCAAGAAAAUAUUAGGAGACUAAUUGAUGAUGAAGUAGAAAAAGUCAAAGGUUUCGCUGUAGACUCCGUGUCACCUUUCAGGGAAAGACUAAAGAUAUUGGGCCGCAUAGCGAACAUGGAGGACCUGCCUCUAAGUGCUGCAGAGAGGAAACUCAUGCAUGCAUACAACGAGAAGCCUGUUCUUUCUCGUCCUCAACAUGACUUUUACUCUGGUGAAAAUUAUUUUGAGAUAGACUUGGACAUGCAUAGAUUCGGCUACAUUUCUAGAAAGGGGUUUGAGACAUUCUUCGACAGACUAAAGCUGUGUGUGAUGGAUUUUGGAUUAACAAUCCAGGGUAAUAAAGCUGAAGAGUUGCCAGAACAGAUCUUGUGUUGUAUACGUGUAAACGAAGUCGAUUAUCUAAACUAUCAUCAACUUGGGUUCUUUGAGAAAACCCUUGAAUAGGUGAAGAAUACCAAAAUACCUGACCAAUCCUGAAUCUUGAGUUGAUGCUAUUGACUUCCAUGAGAAUGGACAGAUGACGCAGUCGGACUAGUGAUAUUGCAGUCUGGGUUAUCAAAAUUGGCUUGUCCCAGCAUCAUUUUUAUCGCGAUUUGAGGAACCUCAGCAAACCAUUCGUCUCCAGGAAGGAAACUACAAAAUCAAACAAAAGUUUUGGAACAGAAUAAAUUUGAUGUUAGAUAGAUAAGAAGCUUUUUCUGAGGAAACUGACCUAUAUGGAUCAAUGUUGUUUGCCUGAACUACUUCAAUAGCUCUGGCAAUAACGUUCUUCAUCACUUGAUGCAGAUUCCGGGAUAAGUAGCGCCCUUGAGAUGCAAAAAGUAUCACAAAUUCCAUAUCCAAAUAGAACUGCAUAAAAAUGCAGAUUAUAAAUUUCUUUGUAAUUGUAGAUUAGAAUUAUUUUUGACUGGAUUAGACCUGUUGAAGACCCAGAGGGCCAAGCGGCCUCUGUGCUCCUUCGAUUUCUUCCCAAAAGUUUUGAUCCUCAGAAAACCAUAAAAUCACAGUCUCAGUGAGUCUCAUCAA